UUAGAGAGACUGCCGGAAGUGACUGCAGACUAAUCGGUGUUUGCCGACGCUGUGACAGUUUAGGUUGUCUUCGCUAGUAGCUGCUUUCGGCGCGAAAGAUGCCGGGUCUGGCGGCCGCAAGCCCUGCCCCGUCUGAGUCUCAGGAGAAGAAGCCGCUGAAACCCUGCUGCGCCUGCCCGGAGACCAAGAAGGCGCGAGAUGCGUGCAUCAUUGAGAAAGGGGAAGAGCACUGUGGACAUCUCAUUGAGGCACACAAGGAGUGCAUGAGAGCCCUGGGAUUUAAGAUAUGAAAUGGUGGUCUGCUCUGUGAAUGAAUAAUUCCGGAAGAAUGAAGAAAAUUAAAUCAUUUUGGGAGUUCUUUGAUGAACUUUGAUAAAUGGAAAAUGUAUUUAUAAUUUAUUAAAAAAAAGGAAACUAUCCCUGGUCAAAGA